GGUAACCUUUCCAAGAGUAGAAUUCGAUUAGGACCGCGCGCCAUUUUAAUUUGAUAAUGAACCACGUGAAUUUCAGGUCAAAUCGGCCUCCUAGAAAUGUUAAGACGCUGCGCAUUAAGUCCCUAGGUAUUUGACAUUGAGAAGACGCAGCACUGCUCAGGCAAAACCGUUUGCUGCACAAUUACGUAAUUCCAAGGCUUUUGAUGAAAAUAUGGGGUAGUAAAAUUGACAGGAAUGAAUUCCAGCCUGCUCUGACGAAGUGUUUGACCUCCCGGAACUGAAUCAAGCAUUCACUGUCUCCUCGCUUGGCUCAUCGACGUGCUCCCGUGAUUGGCAUAUUUACGAAACUCACUCCGUUAGGCCAAUCAUCUACCAUAAUUUGUUUGUAUUUGCACUAAACCGAAGAACAGCGGGCGAGGGAGUUGAAGAGGCAGGGAGAAAGAUUGGAGAGAUUUCGCUGAGAGGCUCCUCGACACAUCAAAGCGGACCCGCAGGCUCUGAUGAUUACAUGUGUUACUGUUGCCACCACAUUCAUGGCGCACUGGCGCUUCUGGAUCUACGUCUUCAGGUCGAUCUAUCUUUGACUAUGGGUUUCUGAUAGAAAAAAAUAACGGCACUUGAUUGAUUACAAUGCAUCUUCAGGGAGUUUUAGUGUGCUUAUUCUUUUAUCUCAUGUGCCCGGAUAACAUAGGAGGUGUCUGGUGGUCUUUUAUACAUUCCAGGGCGGUGGGAAGCCCACUGGUUAUGGACCCCAACAGUAUUUGUCGGAAGACCCGAAGACUGGUCGGCAAGCAGCAAGAAAUUUGCCAGAAAGAACCCGAAGUGGUUUCGCAGGUGGCCAAGGGGGCCCAACUCGCCCUUGCUCAGUGCCAAUUUCAGUUUCGCCACAGGAAGUGGAACUGCUCUACGCAGCACAAGUCAUUUGGGCGCAUACUCAAUUUAGAUACUAGAGAGACUGCAUUUGUGUUUGCAGUAACGGCGGCAGGCGUGGUGUAUUCAGUGACACAGGCGUGCAGCAUGGGUUUGCUACUUCAGUGCACGUGCGCUGACGUCAAAAUACGCGAUUUUAAGACAGAUGGAGAAUGGGAGUGGGGAGGAUGCGGAGACAAUGUGGAAUUCGGAUAUUUAAAAUCAAAAGCAUUCAUGGAUGCCCGGCGGAAAAAGAGACAAAACGACAUGAGGACAUUAAUACAGUUACAUAACAACGAAGCAGGUCGAUUGGCCGUUCAAAACCACAUGAGAAAAGAAUGUAAAUGCCAUGGUCUCUCUGGAUCUUGUGCAUUAAAGACAUGCUGGAGGAAAAUGCCCAUCUUUAACGAUGUAGGGAAUAUAUUAAAAGAAAAAUUUGAUGGUGCUACGAAAAUGAUUGGCUCGAAUGAUGGCAAAAGCUUAAUGCCGGAGGACAUAACAGUGAAGCAUCCAGCGUCGGAAGAUUUAAUAUACUCUGAGAACUCUCCUGAUUUUUGCAAACCCAACAGGAGAGUGGGGUCCCUGGGGACGCGCGACAGAGACUGUGACCCACUGUCAAAAGGAGUGGGCGGUUGUGAUAUUCUGUGCUGCGGAAGAGGCUUCAAGAAAUUCCAAAUGACAGUCAGAGAAAAUUGCAGAUGCGUUUUCAAAUGGUGCUGUGAAGUGAAUUGUAAAACGUGUGUCACGGUGAAAACAAUAUACAGGUGUUUAUGACCUAUUAAAAGAUGCGCCAUUGACACACUAUCACAGGUAACUGUGACCUGCUUCCAGCUAUUUGUGACCUACGUUCACACAGUGACCUUAUGGAAGGUUUUUGUGGCCUUCAUUGGGUGUCAAGGACCUAAUUAUGUUUCUGUGCUAACGACGAGCUUGGUAAUUCAUGCCAACGGCCUACUUGAUAUUUGAAUUGCCACUUUCAGUAAGGACUGGUGUUUAGUUCAUGACUAAUUCAUGGCCAAUACGUUGGUUAGUUAGAAGGUAAAAUACAUGUUGACGUCUGGACACUCUUUUCUGUGGUGUCCUUCUUUUAAGGCCAAGACUGUGAAAAACAGCGGCAAAAAACCUUUGAGAAACAGUGCCAGUGGUUUCUUUGAACGUCAUUAUUCAUGGGAAAUUUGCACAUGACUUUUCUAAAUGGAACUUGACAGAAAUCGUCGCUUCCAUCUGUUUUGGAGACAAACAACGACACGAUCUUGUUAACUGUCGCAGUUGUUUCUAUCUUGUGCUGAAAAUCAAUGUAAUUACUUCGCGUGACUGUCUACACAACAUGAAUAUUGAUAUACAUGUAUUUAGAGAUCGUAGACACAUAUUUAUUGACUGUACAUAUGUAUAAAUGUAAGUUUAGAUUGUUAACUGUGAGUGCACUAUAAGCGUAAUACAUAUUCCUUCUGUCGCCAAUGAAUCAAUUCCGUUGGUAUAUAUUACAAAAAAAAAAAAA